GCCAUGUGCUGGGGUGUUAGCAGUAGGGAAACACUCUUUUCACGCCACUUCGAUACCGAAGUGACUUCUUCGUAGCAGGUUAGAAUUUACGCUGCAGGUUAGGAGAACGAAUUUAGCAUGUUAGGAAACUGGAGAAGGUGAUGUCGUAAAGCAGAAAGUGUCGCAAACCAGGUGCAGAGGAGGGAGGGAGGUGGAGUGGAGAGAGGAGUGGGGUACGGGGGGAGGUGGCGAGAGAGGAGGUGACUCGCCCCGGCAGGCAUUAUUCAGACAGAGCGAAAGGAUCAUGGCGGAUGGCCCCAGGUGUAAGCGCAGAAAACAGGCGAACCCGAAGAGGAAUAACGUAACAAAUUACAACAAUGUUGUGGAGGGCCAGUCAGACUCUGAUGAUGAGGACAAGCUACACAUAGUGGAGGAAGACCCUGAUGGUGACAGCACGCUGCCAGAAGACGCCUCAGUAGUAUUAACCCAGAACGGUACAGAGACUCACCAAGACACCUGGGAUGGAGUGAAGGAGGACUGUGGCUCUGAAGAGGAGGAUGAGGAGGAAGGCUGGUAG